AUGAACACAAUCAUCAGCAUCCAACACCCUCUGCAGAUUCUCCCACACAUUCUCUUCUUUUUAAGAAAAAUGGGUGAAAGAUUCUUGUCAGCAACUCCCUCUGAUAGAGCUCUUGAACAGGCGAUUGUUGCUUUAAAGAAAGGGGCAUAUAUAUUGAAAUACGGUCGAAGAGGAAAGCCCAAACUAUGCCCAUUCAGGCUAUCAACGGAUGAAAGAACUUUAAUGUGGUUUUGCGGCAAUGAAGAAAAAAAACUGCAACUAAGCUCUGUUACGAGCAUCGUUCGUGGCCAUGGAACUAGGAAACUUCAACCAGAAAGAGAAUGUCAUUCGUUUUCGCUGAUAUACACGAACAACCAAGCUCAAUGCUCUCUUGAUCUGAUAUGCAAGGAUAAAAUGCAAGCAGAUUCAUGGUUUUUAGGCCUAAAAGCUUUGAUAUCAAGGUGCGAAGAUUUCAGACACCCUGAAAAGCAAAGAGUAGCGCAAAGUUGUAUAAACAGUCCUUCUAGUUUCAUCAGAAGAAAAUACAAUCUGGGUAUUUCAAAAGAAACCACCAAAAUGUCUCAGGUGAGAAGCGUGUGUGCAAGCCCAGUUCCAUCGAUGAUAUCCGAUCCAUGUUUCUCUGAUGGACUUUCACUUUCAUCGGAUAGUUUUUAUUCAAGAUCGAGUUUAUCAAGUACACAGAACUUUCCAGAAGGUUUAGCCCCAUAUUCACCUUGCAUGAAAACCGAAGAACCCAAAAAGAACCCGAAAACAAUUACCCGAUUUGGUGCACCCGUUGUUCUACCUCGAGAACAAUCGGACCCACAAAGAACAAAAUUGAACGAUGUUUUAAUAUGGGGAGAAGGUGUUGAAAAUGGCGUCUUGGGUGGUGGUGGUGAUAACAUGGUCAACACAGUCAAUGGUCACAGAAACCAAUCACAAAUGGAUGCGUUGUUACCGAAAGUUCUUGAUUCAGUAAGUAUGUUAGAUGUCGAGAAGAUAUCAUUGGCUGGAAAACAUGGUGUUUUACUGACAAAACAGGGUGAAGUAUUCUGCUGGGGUGAAGGACAAUCGGGCAGGCUCGGGCAUUCCCUCAGCUGCCCGAAAGAAGUUGAAUCCCUUCAUUCCCUUGGAUGCCGUGUGAAAUCGGUUUCUUGUAGCGAGUAUCAAACAUCCGCCCUAACAUUUUCCGGCGAGCUCUACACGUGGGGUGAUAACACCUCCGGUCAAGGUCAAAGUAGCCGGUGGCUCCCCCGCCGAAUCUCCGGCGUACUAGACGGAAUCACCAUAUCAAAAGUUGCUUGUGGAGAAUGGCACACUGCAAUCGUUUCAACUUCCGGUCAACUAUUUACAUUUGGAGACGGGACUUUCGGUGUUCUAGGUCACGGAAACUAUCAAAGUUUGACCGAACCGAAACAAGUUGACUCGCUCGCCGGACUCCGUGUCAAAUCGGUCGCGUGUGGGCCAUGGCACACGGCGGCAGUGGUCGCGUUGAUCACCGGACCACCCAAAUCAAGUUCUCCGGCGGGAAAGAUGUUCACUUGGGGUGACGCGGAUAAAGGAAGAUUAGGUCAUGGUGAUCACAACCCUAAACUCAAACCUACAUGUGUUGUUUCUCUCAUCGAUCAUGAUUUUGUCCAAGUAUCUUGUGGAAGAAUGUUAACCGUUGGAUUAACGAGCACGGGUGCGGUUUUCACGAUCGGAAGCUCGGUUCAUGGGCAAUUAGGAAACCCUAUGGCUAGGGAAAACUCGAUAACCCUAGUUCAAGGCAAGUUGAAGUUCGAAUUUGUUCGAGAAGUAGCAACGGGUUCUUAUCAUGUUGCGGUUUUAACAUCCAAAGGAAGUGUUUACACAUGGGGUAAAGGAGCAAAUGGGCAAUUAGGGUUAGGUGAUACGGCGGAUCGAAGCUCACCGACUUUAGUUGAGGCUUUGAGAAAUCGACAAGUGGAAAGCAUCACUUGCGGGUCGGGCUCGACCGCUGCGGUUUGCGUACAUGAACCUAUAACUUGCGGACUCGAACAAUCGGGUUGUCGAGGUUGCAAUACGGAGUUCGGGUUCAUGAAGAAAAGACACAAUUGUUACAAUUGUGGUCUCUUGUUUUGCAGUGUAUGUACAAGUAACAAGAGUAAGAAAGCGUGUUUGGCACCUAAUGAGAAUAAGUCUUUUCGGGUUUGCGAUUCUUGCUUUAAGGGUCUUGAACGGAGUAGUUUGAAUUUGGGUCAAAUUGUGAAGAUUGAAGAUCUUACUCCAAGACCAUUAUUGAUUAAAACAUUUUCUGAAGAAACGGAUGAUCAAUAUACGGGAACUCCAUAUAAAACAGGUUUGGAUUUGAAAUUGUGUUCUUCAUUGAUGAAUCAAACACCAAGAUGGGGACAAGUUUCUUCACCCGCAUCUUUUCGAAAGCAUUGUCAAGAAGAGUCAUCUUCGAAUGUUGAUUCUCGUAUUGCUAGUCGUGUAAACAAGAACCCACAAAGUGUUGAGAAGACCACAAAACGUAAUGGAGCCAAAGAAGUCAUUAAGGCAUUGACAUCAAGGCUACAUUUAAUGUCUCCAAGAGCUUUUAUGCGAAAACAAACGAAAGCUCACCUAGAUACACCAACAAUGAGUGCUAUGAGGGUGCCUUGUGAUAUUGAGGUCAAAGACCUCAUUGAUCCGUGUGAUUCGGCUCGUGUCCCGACUUUGCACAAUGAUGUGUGUGUUCUUGGUGGUGACACGAGACCAUCUGAUGAACCCGUUGUUAAACCAAUAGUUUCUGGACAAAUUAACAAAGUAAAGCAAAAACAUGAAUGGAUGGAACAAUAUCAACCCGGUGUUUACAUCACAUUCAUCAUGUUGACAACCGGUCAAAAAGGGAUCAAGCGAGUCCGAUUCAGUAGGAAAGUGUUUAAGGAAAGGGAAGCAGAGAAGUGGUGGGAAGAUAACCAGCAAAAAGUAUAUGACAACUACAAUGUUGAUGGCUACAUAAACUCAUAUUAGGUUUUAAUGAAAGGGGUUAAAAUGAAAAUGGUAACGUUGAUCGGGUCAUAUUAACAGCAGUGAUACGUGAUCUUGUAUAAUUUUUGUGGAGAAAUAUCGGUAUAGAAAUGUAUAUGUUUGGCAUGUGUACGCCAUAUAUAAGUUGCAUUUAGUGAGCUACCACUACAUUUUACAAGAAAUCAUCAUAUUACAAGAAAACCAAAAUAGUGAAAGACAUGAUCAUAAAAGUUAGCCCACAGAAACAUGUAAAUUGUAGU